CGCAUUCACACUCGCUUCCCUUUGACUCGCUUCACUCUCACUUCACUCACUCUCACUCUCACUUUACUUGUCUCUUUACUACUCGCUGUCUCUUUGUCUCUCUGUCUCUCUGUGCGACCGAACGCCAACGCUCCUCCUUUCUUUCUUCGCGUCUCCUCCUCCUCAUGUCUGGUCCCGUGCAGUACCCGCUCUCGACCAAGCUCGCGGCGUUCUUUGCGCUGGCCACCGUGCAGGUCGCCGUCGCUCUCGUCUACAAGGCCUCGCAGGCGGGCGGCAAGUACACGUACAGCCCGAGCUCAGCCCUCGCCAUGGCCGAGUUCUUCAAGUUCUGCCUCGCGGCCCUCUUCCACCUCCAGGCGUCCCACUCGCCGCCGGCAGCAGCAGCAGCAGCAGCAGCAGCAGCAGCAGCCUCACACGCACAAGCACAGGCACAAACACAGCCAGCCAUCAUCACUCCUGCCUCGACGGGCGACAAGCAGCCGCUCCUGUCCGAUGUGGGCGAAGGCACAGGCGUCAUUCAGCCCACGAACGACUCGGUCUCCAUCUCCUUGCCUGGCACCACCCCUGCAUCAUCAUCAUCGUCGUCGUCAUCCUCUUCCUCUCCCUCUUCCGUUAACAGGGUGCCAAACUGGCUGCCGGGCUUUGUCGAGCGCGGAUUUGACUCGUUCAGCCGCCAAGUCACCCCGGCGCUCGUCCAGCAGGACUUGGGCCUCGCUACGUUGUACUGCAUCAACAACCACCUGUCCUUCUUUGCCUUCAUGUACGCCGAUCCUGCCUCCAUCUCGGUGCUCAAGUCCGGCUCGACAUUCAUCUCGGCGGCCUUGUUUUACUUUGUCCUCCGUCGCCCCAUCUACACGCUCCAGUGGGCUGCAGUCGCGCUGCAGGUCGCAGGCCUUAUCAUCGUCCAGUACGACCCGUGCAAGUCUGCCCUGCUCUUAUCGUUCGGCACCUACGGCAUCCUCUUUGUCUCGGUCACCAUCACGUCCAUUUGCGGCGUUUGGAACGACCACGUCCUGAAGACCAACGCUGCUUCGCUGCAUGUCCAAAACAUGGUCUUGUACGCGUUUGGUGUCGGCCUCAACCUGCUGGCCUUCUACUUUGUGCCAAUGUUUGUCCUCGCCGCACGUCCGUGGGCCGCGCUGGGCUUCUUUGACGGUUACACCCCGACCGCGAUGGGUGUCGUGCUCGCCAACUCGGUCAUUGGCAUUGUCGUCACUGCAGUGUACAAGUACGCCGACGCCAUGGUCAAGACGUUCGGCUCGGCGUGCGCCGCCUGCGUGCUCCUGUUUGUCAACGCCUCCUUCUUUGACCUGACACCAAGUCUCGUCGCGCUCAUGGGCUGCUUGGUCGUGUUUGUGUCCUCGUACAUUUACUUUUUGGGUGCCACCCCGCCCCCCGCGCCUCCGGGUGGCGCCAAGCCCGUUGCCAGUGCACCUGAGCAGAGCAUCUUUGCGAGGUGCCUUCCAAAGUCGAUGCGCAAUCGUCGCCGUGCCUUGAUGACCGCCGUGCUUGUCGUUUCUGCCAUUUUGGUAGUCGUCUUUAUGGCUGGCUCAGCAGCACCCGGCCAAGUCGCACAUGUCGUUCCAGGGCUGCGCGAGUCUGCGUCCUUCCCAGCAGCCACGCCGACCGAGGUUUAACGGAAACCCGGUGUGUUUUUAUGUUUGUGUGGUUGUUGUCAUGAAUUUUCUUUUGUUGAAAAAUGGUAAUCGCUUUGAGAGUAGUA